AUGCCCCUUCUUCACCUCCUGAUUCUUGCAGUAAUACAAGGCAUAACCGAAUUCCUGCCCGUCUCCAGUUCGGGCCAUUUGAUCCUGCUGCCGACCCUCACUGGCAUGGAAGAUCAAGGUCAAUUGAUCGACGUCUCCGUCCACAUCGGAACGCUGGGCGCGGUCAUUAUUUAUUUCUGGGCAGACAGCAAAAUGGCCUUUGCUGGCUUGGCUCAUUUGGCAACGGGGCGCAUCAAAACCCCCGCCGCUCGUCUGGCGACGCUUCUUAUCCUCGCAACCAUUCCAGCCGUUAUAUUUGGCCUGAUCCUCAAGGUCACAGGCCUAUCCGAUCAACUGCGCAGCAUCACCGUCAUCGGCUGGACUAUGCUCGUUUUCGGCAUCAUCCUCUACAUCGCAGACCAACGCGGCACCGAUACAAAAACCCAAUCUGAUUGGAACACUGCCGACGCCAUCAAGCUCGGCCUCUGGCAGGCGCUUUCCCUCAUUCCUGGAACGUCCCGCUCAGGCAUUUCCAUCACUGGCGCCCGCGCUAUGGGCUACACCCGCGCUGAUGGCACAAAAAUUGCUAUGUUAAUGUCGAUCCCAGUAAUCAUCGCCUCAGGCGUUUUGCUCGGUACCGAAGCCCUCACUACAGCUGAUGCAGCGGGUCUUCGCGAUGGGGCCAUCGCCACAGUUUUCGCAUUCUUCGCAGCGCUGCUCGCGCUCAGCCUGAUGAUGCGUCUCUUGCGCAGCGUCAGCUUUACACCCUACGUGAUCUACCGCGUGAUUUUAGGAAUAAUCCUGCUUGGCAUUGCCUACAGUUAA